GCCGCCGGAAGCGGGGUGGAAAUGUGUUGUGGCUGUAAGGAACAGGAAGCCCCGAAGGGUCAAAAGGAAUACAAUAGCAAAGUGUGUUUUCUUCCUUUAAGCCGUCGUUCUUUUCUUGGUUUCUUUUCUAGUUUUUUAAGAGCGAGAGUGGCCUUGGCGGCGACGGUUUGCGGUGGGCGCCGCGGAGGUGAGGGAGGCUCGCCUCCCGCGCUCUCGUAGUUUUGAGGUGCUGACAACUAAAAGAUCCUGCUGCUUUUAUUUCUUCCCCGAGUUCCAGAUCUGCCACCUCCCUGCUUCAUAGACGGGACUUGACUGCUAAAGUGCCUUGAGUACCUGAGAGUCUGCAUUAGAAUCUGCUUUGGAAGCAAGAACAGACUGUACCAUUAUGGAUGGAGAGGAUGAUAGUAACCUUGUCAUCAAAAAGAGGUUUGUGUCUGAGGCAGAGCUAGAUGAGCGGCGCAAAAGGAGGCAAGAAGAAUGGGAGAAAGUGCGAAAACCAGAAGACCCAAAAGAAUGUCCAGAGGAGGCGUAUGACCCUCGGUCUCUGUACGAACGGCUGCAGGAACAGAAAGACAGGAAGCAGCAGGAGUAUGAGGAGCAGUUCAAAUUCAAAAACAUGGUAAGAGGGUUAGAUGAAGAUGAGACCAACUUCCUUGAUGAGGUUUCUCGGCAGCAGGAGCUGAUAGAGAAGCAGCGGCGAGAAGAAGAACUGCAGGAACUGAAGGAGUACAGAAGUAAUCUCAACAAGGUUGGAAUUUCUGCAGAAAAUAAAGAAGUAGAGAAGAAGCUGGCCGUGAAACCCAUAGAAACCAAGAGCAAGUUCUCCCAGGCAAAGCUGUUGGCAGGAGCUGUGAAGCAUAAGAGCUCAGAGAGUGGCAAUAGUGUGAAGAGACUGAAACCAGACCCCGACCCAGAUGACAAGGCUCAAGAGGCCCCGUCCUGCAUGUCUCUUGGAGGCUCUUCUCUGAGUGGACCUCCCUCCAUCCACUGCCCGUCGGCUGCUGUGUGCAUUGGCAUCCUCCCUGGCUUGGGCGCCUACUCUGGGAGCAGUGACUCCGAAUCCAGUUCAGACAGUGAAGGCACCAUUAAUGCUACAGGGAAGAUCGUCUCCUCCAUCUUCCGAACCAACACCUUCCUCGAGGCACCCUAGCUCCUGACAUUACCACAGGGAGCAUCUCCUCAGAGGGUUGGAUGCCAGUUCUGCCUCAGCAUCACCUCCCUCAGAAAACUUACUCACCUGCUUCCUGUGCACAUGUGACAUUUUAACCUAACUCAGAAAUGUGUCUCAGUCCACUUGUGGCUCAAAUUCGGCUUGAUUUCUCUUUAUACUCCUGUGCAGAUGACCAAACCUGUCCCAUUGAUAUGAGGAGUUGGGGUUCAGGCUUGUCUCAGAAAUGUCACGGACAAUGCAAGGACAGGCACCAGCUGGCCUGCCAGGGUUCAGUGUACCUUGUUGCUGUCUUGUUUAUCUCCUUACCUAGCAGCACAGGAAGCAAGGGCAGCGUUAGCUUCAUAUUCUGUUGUAGAUGAAUGGGUUACUUGGUUCUACCAUGUUGUGUGUGGGCAUAGAGAAAGGGGCUGACCUGCUGGUGACAUGGAGCUGUCCCCUAGAACUAACCCUUCCUGGGUGUUGUAUGACUUAAGAUCGCAAGCCUCACCCACGAGGCUGUGAGCCAACGACAGCCCUUGAGCUGACACUCUUCCAUGUCCUCUACUCUCCAUCCAGCCUGAGGAGAUAGGAAGGAGCUGACCACGAGGACAUGACCAUCCUCUGCCCACCUUCUCUCUCUGAAAAAUUGUUUUGAUUUUGUUUUUGAAAUAAAAGAUUUAGUUUAAGAUUCUAAA